UUCCGCUUUUGAGCAAGCGUUUUCUGUUUUCUCAACCAUGCCGGAACCAGCCAAGUCCGCGCCCGCCCCGAAGAAGGGCUCCAAGAAGGCGGUGACCAAGGCGCAGAAGAAGGACGGCAAGAAGCGCAAGCGCAGCCGCAAGGAGAGCUACUCGGUGUACGUGUACAAGGUGCUGAAGCAGGUGCACCCGGACACGGGCAUCUCGUCCAAGGCCAUGGGCAUCAUGAACUCGUUCGUCAACGACAUCUUCGAGCGCAUCGCGGGCGAGGCGUCGCGCCUGGCGCACUACAACAAGCGCUCGACCAUCACGUCGCGGGAGAUCCAGACGGCCGUGCGCCUGCUGCUGCCCGGCGAGCUGGCCAAGCACGCCGUGUCCGAGGGCACCAAGGCCGUCACCAAGUACACCAGCGCCAAGUAAGUGCCCGCUGCAGGCACCUCUUAAUCCAACGGCUCUUUUCAGAGCCA